AUGAGUAGCGUACAGAAAGAUGUUGAAAAUCAAGGUGUGGAGUCUUCACCAAAUAAUGAAAUUGAAAACUGGUUACCAAUCAGUGCUUCCAGGAAAGCAAAAUGGUGGUAUUCAACUUUUCACAAUGUCACUGCUAUGGUUGGUGCUGGAGUCCUAGGGUUACCAUUUGCUGUAUCUCAACUUGGAUGGUUUCCUGGGAUUUCAUUGAUUUUAGUGUCAUGGCUUAUGACAUUUUAUUCACUGUGGCAACUAGUGCAAAUGCAUGAAAUGGUUCCAGGGAAGAGAUUUGAUCGAUACUUUGAUUUAGGAGAACAUGUGUUUGGAUCCAAUGGGAGAUUAGGAUUCUGGAUGAUAAUGAUACAACAAUUGAUUGUUCAAGUUGCUUCAACCAUUGUGUACUCGGUCACCGGUGGAAAAUCGUUGAAGAAAUUCUGUGACAUAUUGAUUCCAUCAGUAUUUGGAGAGUUUAGACAAACAUACUAUAUUGUCUUCUUUGUUGGUUUACAGAUGCUCCUUUCGCAGAUUCCUAACUUCAAUAAUUUGAAAGGAAUCUCUUUGCUCGCCGCGCUCAUGUCUGUCUGUUAUUCGAUGGUGGCGUUUGCGUCAUCCCUUGUGAAGGGAUUCAAAGGUCAUCCAACUCACUAUGGCGUUCGAUCUCACACUCCUGCUGGGAAAACUUUUGAUAUUUUUAAUGCUCUUGGAACAAUAGCGUUUGCAUUUGCUGGACAUAGUGUGGUUCUUGAGAUUCAAGCAACAUUACCCUCUACCGAAGAAAAACCUUCUAAAAAACCUAUGUGGAGAGGCAUUGUUGUUGCAUACUGCAUCGUUAUUACGUGCUAUCUUCUUGUUGCGAUAUCGGGUUUUUGGGCAUUUGGAAAUAUGGUUGAAGAUGAUGUACUCGUCUCACUUGAACAUCCUCCAUGGGUUAUUGCUAUCGCUAAUUUCAUGGUUUUCUUACAUGUCAUCGGAAGUUAUCAGGUCUUCGCAAUGCCUGUUUUUGAUACAUUGGAGUCUUGUUUGGUGCAAAAAUUCAAUCUCAAACCUUCAAGGACUCUUCGCCUCAUUGCUCGAAGCAUAUAUGUUGCUAUGGUUGGAUUGGUUGCUAUAAUCUUUCCAUUUUUCGGAGGGCUAUUAGGAUUUUUCGGAGGACUAGCAUUUACAGCAACAUCAUACAUCAUACCUUGUGUCUUAUGGAUUAUGGCCAAAAAACCUAAAAGAUGGAGCUUUCAUUGGAUUGCAUCAGUGGCUUGUAUAGCUCUUGGCACUGUGAUAUCAAUUGUUGCACCCGUUGGAGGAAUAAGAACAAUUAUUGUUUCGAUAAAAACUUAUAAGCUAUUUUCGUGA